UCACCUUUCUCUUUGCAGAACGGGUUGCUUUCUACAUUGCCUUUUAUAUUCUUUGUUGCCAGUUCAUGGAUGGCCUCGUUUAUGGCAGACUACUUAAGGAAGUAUAACAAAAUGUCCAUAACCGCCAUUAGAAAACUGAUGACUUCAAUAGGCGUUUUUGGUCCAGCUAUUACCUUGAUAGUUACAACUUUUGUUGGCUGUAACUCGUUAAUCAUCAUAGUUCUGCUAUGUAUAGCGAUGACUUUCAGUGGAUUUGGUUUAUCUGGAUAUAACGUUACGCAUAUGGAUAUGUGCCCUGAUUUUGCAGGAACUUUAUUUGGAAUAACAAACUCAAUAGCAAACAUUGCUGGUGCUUUAGGUCCAUUGAGUGUUGGAAUAUAUACUGCUGAAGGAGCUACACUUGCAAACUGGAGCAAAGUCUUCUACACGACUGCUGCUGUAUAUAUAACUACUGGUUCGAUAUUCGUGAUAUUUGCAUCAGCUGAAAUACAGCCAUGGGCGAUUGUCAAUGAUGAGUCAAAGAUAGAAAAGCAACCAGUAAAGAAACCCAUGGAAAUAAAUAUUAAGAGUUUACAGACGAAACUAUAGCUAGUUUUCAUUCAAUCAAAACAAGUGGAAUUUGCAACUGAAGUUAGACAGAAUCUAAUCCACAUAUAUCUUCUACUCUGCAAAAAGUUAUUUUCAGCAGAAAAAUUCUAACAGAAAUUUUGGCACAAACUUCAACUCAUAAACCUCUGCUUGAACUAUUUAAAAAUCUUUAAAUGUCAACACUUUAUACUUUGAUUAAUUUUAAUUGUAGGUACAGAAGUACUGUCUCUGAGAAAUUAGUGUAUAAAUGUUUUUAUAAAUUAAAUAAUAUCUUCUUGUAA